AGUUGUCUACUUUUUUCACUUCACUUGACAUUUCGCUGCUUUGGCAAGGAAAAAUUUCAGUGCCUUGGCAAAAAUUAAAACGUUGAUAUCAAAUCGCAGAACUAACUCAAAGAACAGCUACAGAAAAUGUCUAAGGAGGUUAAAGAAAUGGAGAUGGAAAACUUGAAAGGCAAAGCUUCUGAUGCAGAACAAAAUCAGGAAAUCGAACGGACCUCUGUCCUUUCGCCAAAGAAAACAGUUGGUAAAAAAGAGUAUAACAAGCCGAACAAUCCGUUCCGUAAGAAUUCCACGUCUUCGAACUCAUCGAGAUUGGAAUUCAGCGGUUCUGGUACAAGCCGCUUAUCCAGGACUUCAAUAUCCUCCAGCUCUGGCUCGGAGUCUCGCAUUUCGAGGGAUAGGUUUUCCUCUACACGGCAUGGAACUCAGGACCAGAAAGCAAAAUUGAAAGUCAGGAGCCGUAGCAUGAGUAAAAGCAAUUUUAGAGGAAGAUCCAAAUUACGGUCCAGUUCUGGGGCCGAUUCUGGGUCCAAUUCCGGGUCCCAUUCCGGAAACAAUUCUGCAUCCAAUUCCAGUUCCGGUUCGAGAUCCGAUUUGAGAUCCGACUCGGAGACCGCUCCUGGAUUUGAUUCGGGUUCCAAUGCGGGAGCCAGUUCUCGUGGUAGCGACAAGAAAGAGACAACUUCACGACUACGAAGCGCUGUUCGUCGCAUUAAUGAAACUUGGCAAUCACCAAAUUCUUUCAAGUCCGUGAAAACAUAUCGUAAAAAAUAUGAAUCAAGAAGCAGAAGCAGCAGCAGCAGUACACCUCAAAAUCGUUUUAAUCCUUGGAAGAACAGAAUAGAUCUGACGAACGGCAGUACGGAACCCAAAAGUCCGGACAAUCGCAGUCGCAAUCCUUGGAGGAUCGGGAUGCGCAAUCGCCGGAAGACUCAAUCGAAGGGCAGUAGCUGCAGUCCUUAUCAAAAGGUUUUCAAGAAUGGCUCCUUGAUCAGAAGCCGUAGUCCCCAUCGCAAUCCCUGGAGGGAUCGUUCCCCACCCAAAAGCCGAAGUCCCCCUAAUAACUUGAAUACCAGAAAGCAGCCGAAGGAUGUGGUGGAUAAUGACACCGAUCUUUAUCGGGAACGCCACAAAAUCACCUUGGCCAGCUGGGAUAUCCGACCCAUUCCCAAGCCUAUGAAGAGUUUCCACAGCAGCGGAUUCGAUGCGACCAUAUUACGGCGACUAGAACUUCAAGGCUUCGAUGCACCCACGCCCAUUCAGGCGCAAACUUGGUCGAUUGCCCUGGCGGGCAGAAAUCUGGUGAUGAUUUCCGGUAAUGGCACUGGCAAAACAUUGGGCUACCUACUGCCUGGCAUAUUGAAUGCACAGGAGCAGCGAGGAUCAAAGCGGCGCAAGAAAGGACCCAUUGUCCUGGUUUUGGUGGACGGUCGCGAGGCUGCUACUUUGGUCCACAAGGAGGUAUUGAACUAUACUAAUCCCCGCGAGCUUAGGGCUCAUUGCCUCUUGGGCAGUGGUCAAUGGCAAAGCCAUUCCGAGUGCGAUCUGCUGGUGGCCUCUGCUGGUCGCCUUCUGGAAAUGAUAGAUGAUAAAAAACAUGAGGUGGAACUGGAUCGUUGCGUCUAUUUGGUUCUAGACGACGUCGACCGGAUGAUUGACGUGGGCUUAGAGGGUCAAAUCUGCCGGCUGCUAUGUCGUCUACGUCCACGUGCCCAAUUGAUCAUCACCACGUCCUCGUGGACACGUAAUCUGGAGCGGUUAUCCAACAAGUUUAUGGGCCAAUACACCUCGAUACGCGUGGGUCAAAUCAACAAUUCUAGCGAGGGCUUACAGAACAUUCGCCAGCGGGUGGAAGUAAUCGAUGGGCGUUCUAAAAUGUAUCAACUUAAGGACGAGCUGACUGCUAUUUAUGAUUUAAGCGAUAGUCCCGGGAAAGUGGUGGUCUAUGUGAAGCGCCAAAUGCUCGUGGACGAACUGGUGAACUUCAUUCGGCUCUUUGUGCCCUGUGAGGGCAUCCACGGAGGACGCUCUACGGUGGAAAAGGAAGUCAUAAUCCGGGAUUUUCGCAAUGGUGCCUACAAUAUUAUAGUGGCCACGGAUAUGACAUCGCGCGGAUUGGAUGUACCGGGCAUUCGUUAUGUGAUCAAUUACGAUUUCCCUAACUCCAUUGAGGGCUAUGUCCAGCGUUUGGUCAGAACGGGAUGCCUAUCGCGUUCCCGCAACUGUGAGGCCAUCAGUUUCUUUACCAAGGCAAACUCCAAGCUUUUGAUGGACGUGGUCGAUUUUCUCAAGAACAAUAAACAAGAAAUACAACCGCACCUUCUUCAGAUGGCUGAAGAACGAGCUCGUCGCCCCCGUAAUCGAAAGCGCCAUCGUCCACAACGCUACAAUCGCAAGCGUUAGGGUUAUUUAGAUGCACCGAAAUUGAAAAUCAUUGGCAAACAUCUUGAUUGUAUAACUGCAUGCCUCCUUAAUAAA